AUGGCGGCACCCAGCCCUAUUGCGUUCGACAAGUCAAGGGGUGUUGACGACACCCCGGAGAAAGGCGCGAAAUCUGUCAUUCAUGAUCCGGAAUCGCCAGCUUACUUGGUCGAUGAGACCACUGGGGAGUUUGAAGAGGUCCAGGCCGUGAGGCAGGGUCUUCAUCAGCGACAUAUACAAAUGAUAGCCCUAGCGGGCACUAUUGGCACAGGUCUCUUCCUCAGCUCCGGUCGCGCGAUAGCUCGGUCUGGUCCCCUAGGUGCAUUCCUUGGAUAUCUGGUGAUGGGCUGUGUGGCUGGCGCGGUGACUCUUGCUGUUGGUGAGAUGGGUGCUCUGGUGCCCUUGAGCGGUGGUGUUGUUCGCUACGCCGAACACUUUGUGGACCCAGCUCUUUCCUUCGCGAAUGGAUACAACGUCGUCUACUCGUAUCUGGUGUCUAUCCCCGCUGAGAUUGUAGCAGCAGCUGUUCUGGUACAGUUUUGGUCUGCAGUGAACAGUGCCGUCUGGAUCACCAUUUUCGGUUUGGUCAUGGUGGCCACUGCUUCGCUAUUCAUCCGAGUGUAUGGCGAGCUUGAGUUCGCUUUCUCCAUGAUGAAAAUCCUGCUCAUUGUCGGCGUGAAUAUUAUGGCUCUUGUCAUCACCUGCGGAGGUGGACCUAAUCAUCAAUCCAUUGGAUUCCAAUACUGGCGCGAUCCGGGCCCUCUUGUUCAGUAUCUUGGCAUCGGCGGCGCUCUUGGACGCUUUCUGGGAGUUUGGACGUCAUUGAACAAUGCGCUCUAUGCGUAUUCGGGAAUUGAAACAAUUGCCGUCGCGGCUGGGGAAACCAGGUCGCCCAGGCGAGCUAUUCCGCAGGCUGCAAAGCGUAUCUUCGUUCGGAUCUUGCUUUUCUAUGUGAUCUCCAUUUUCAUGGUCGGGCUCGUCGUUCCAUCCAAUGAUCCUCAACUCAACAAUGACAGCGGGACGGCAUCUGAAUCGCCAUUUGUGAUCGCAGCCACCCGAGCGAAAAUCAAGGCCGUGCCUUCAAUUAUAAAUGCGGUGAUUAUUACUUCAGCAUGGUCCUCUGGGAACUCCAACCUCCUGGGAGGUACCAGAACUCUAGUUGGACUAGCGGUGAACGGUCGCGCUCCCCAGAUCUUCACCCGACGCAAUAGAUUCUCCUCGCCAUGGAUCGCGGUCUCCCUCUAUGGCCUUUUUAUGUGUCUGGCCUACAUGUCGCUUUCUUCGUCUGCCAGUACGGUAUUCGGCUGGCUCCAAGACCUGGUUUCCAUUACCACCUUGACGAACUGGAUUACCAUUUUGAUUACCUACCUUCGUUUCUAUUACGGUUGCAAAAAGCAGGGCAUCUCGAGAAAGUCCUUGCCAUGGGCCGCUCCUCUGCAGCCGUAUAUCUCUUGGGCUUCCUUAGUACUGCUGAGCGUUUUGCUUCUCACGGGCGGCUACUCGACAUUUAUCCACGGGAAAUGGGACACAGAAACAUUUGUUUCCUCCUAUAUCAACAUCCCAUUGUUCCUGAUAUUUUACCUAGCGUACAAAUUCAUCAAAAAGACCAAGACAGUGUCCUUGGAAGACAUUCCCAUCCAGCCUUUCAUCGACAUUGCGAAUCGCAACCCGGAGCCAUUACCGAAACCAAAGAAGGGCUUGGCCAAGCUCAAUAUUCUAUGGAGCUAA